UGACGCCACAGUCCAUCCGGGUCCUCCGUGCUGAGGCCAUGACGUCACGGGGUUCCAGGAAUGGCGGCGCUGUCUGCAGAGGGAAGCAGCCCGAAGAGCCCGAAACUUUAUUCCUAACGAAAUUCGGCGGAUACGCGAACUUCACCACACCCCUGACAGCUAAACCCGCCGCUUAACGAGCUCGAGGACCGGCGGAACCGAGUCGCGGCGUUGUUGCUGUCGUAUCCCGACGUCUCAUACUCUAGUAGUUUGCUUGACUUUGCGAGGGCCAAAAGACAAGAGCAAAGACAGCGACUAACGGUCCAUAAAAGCAACCACGAACGCCCAAAACCUCCUCUUCCGAGUCCGUCCAUUUCGCAGAGGGACCUUGCUGGUGUUUGUGUAGUUUGUCGUCCCGCACUUACACUGAAAAGCACGACACUGGCCCGAUAAGGAACAGACACCAGCUGCGGGUUCGAAUCCACAAUGGAGAGUUUAACGCUGAGCGAUGGCGAGCAGAAAUAUUACUCUGAACUCUUCCUGUCCUGUGAUGUCGAUAUCGCUAAGAAAGUGGCGUCCAACGGCAAAGUUCUGGACCUGUUCAGGUCGGCCCAGCUCUCGGCUGAGGUGGUCCAUCAGAUCACUGAACUGUGUGGAGCCACACGUCUGGGUCAUUUCGGUCGGAGUCAGUUCUACAUUGCGCUGAAACUCAUCGCACUGGCCCAGUCCGGACUGCCUCUGCGUUUGGAGAGUCUGAACAGCGUCCGAGAUCUGCCCCUUCCUCGUUUUGUGAUGGGCAAGAACGAUCAGGAGUCACGGCACGCGGUCAUGUACGCAGACACCGAGAACCAGGGGUCGUAUUCCGGUGUCAUCCCCAGACCUCCAGCCCGAGUUCAAGGCAAAAAAGUAUCAGCGCAUGAGAUGAUCCAGCCCUGUGUGCCCACUGUUGAUCCCCAGCCGGACACCACGUCUCCUGUAGUGUCACCACAUCAGUCUCCUCCCACUUCGCCUCACGCCUGGAGGAAGCACAAACGGCAGGCCAGCGGUGGAAACGUGGAGAGACAAGCUUCAGUGCCAGGGGUUGUUUGGCCACCUUUUAGAGAAGCACAGCCAGCACCAGUAACAGGUGAUGGGAUGUGGUCCGCCCACUCGCCCCCUCCUGUCCAAGAAAGUUGGGUCAGCUUUACAGACACGCCCCCCUCUAGCACACUUCCAAUGCAUCCCUCUUCAGCUCAGCCGGAGAGCACAGCGGUACGAACCAUAAAUGAAAACCAAAGACAUGGCAGCGGUUACGAUGACCCCUGGAAAAUAACAGAUGAGCAAAGACAGUAUUACAUAAACCAGUUUAAGACCAUCCAGACUGAUCUAACCGGUUUCAUCCCUGGCUCUGCUGCGAAGGAAUUCUUUACAAAGUCGAAGCUCCCAAUUCUGGAACUGUCUCACAUUUGGGAGCUAUCAGACUUUGAUAAAGAUGGCGCCCUGACCCUGGAUGAGUUCUGCGCUGCAUUUCAUCUCGUGGUAGCGAGAAAAAACGGUUAUGACCUUCCUGAAAAGCUCCCAGAGAGUCUAAUGCCAAAGCUUAUUGACUUGGAUGACUCGGCAGGCAUUCCAGAACCGGCUCCAGAGGUGGGCUUCUCUGCUUCCCCUGUUGAGGACACUCCAAACAAGUCUCCGUCCAUGCCUUCUCUAAACCAGAACUGGCCUGAACUGAAUCAGAACAAUGAGCAGUGGGAGACUUUUAGCGAACGCUCCUCAAGCUCACAAACUCUGACCCAAUUUGAUUCUAACAUUGCACCAGCUGACCCUGAUACAGCAAUAGUUCAUCCGGUUCCCAUUCGAAUGACUCCUAGCAAGAUCCACAUGCAAGAGAUGGAGCUUAAGAGAACCGGAAGUGAUCACACACAUCCGACGAGUCCAUUGAUGGUUAAACCACCAGAACUCCCUGAUGAGACGAAGCUAGCAGCAACUAUUAAGUAUCCUAGUGCCACUGUUGGUGAUGGCUACAGCAGCUCAGAUUCAUUUUCAUCUGACCAAGAGCCAAUAUCUAGUGGUGUGAACCGACAAAGGUCUCAGUCUGGAGCAUCUCCAGAGGGACUAAAAGUGGUGGCACCACCCCCACCUCCGCCUCGCCCCAACGCUUCACACUCCAGGUCCUCCUCUCUAGACAUGAAUAGAACCUUUGCUGCCAUUCCCGCUGGUUCUCAACAGGCAGGUGUGGUGGCCUUUCCCCCAGCAGUGCCUCCAAGACCACUACCCACACAGACAUCAAUGCCACACGGCCAUCGUCCGGUAGAGGGAGACGUUCUUCCAGCACAUACCAGCACAUCCCCCCAGCAGAUACCAGAACAGCCCAACUUUGCCGACUUCAGCCAGUUCCAGGCUUUUGCUGUGGACCACCCUGCAGAUGAUGGAGAAAUAUCAGACAGUGGACAGGCAGAAAGAUGUGCAGAAGGUUCCGAGAUGAUGAGAACGGUGAAGAAUGAAGUUCAGCCAGAAGAAAGAACUGCAGCAACUGUCAACUCUGCCAAAGUAUCCACUCCAUUGGCCCCGCCCCCUAAACCCGUCCGUCGAAGACUGAAAUCAGAAGAUGAGCUGAGACCAGAUACAGAGGACCUUCCGCAAAAGUCUAACGUCAUAGCCAAUGUUUUAGCAACCCAGCCCUCGAUUCCAAGGUCGUUCGGUAAAGAUAAGAAGGCCAUCCAGGCUUCCAUUAGAAGAAACAAAGAAACAAAUACGGUUUUAGCCAGACUUAAUAGUGAAUUACAACAGCAAUUGAAGGACCUACUAGAAGAAAGAAUAUCUCUUGAAGUGCAACUGGAACAGCUUAGACCCUUUUCGCAUUUGUAACUGGGAUGUGUGAAUGUUGAAAAUGAAUGUGCGUUUGUGUAAAGUGUGAUUACCCCCUGUUUUUAAAUGGUCUGUUGGAUCCUCUGGCAGGAUGUCCAUUUCACUGCUGCCUCCGCUCCUCUGUGUGAAAAUCGCUGCUUCCUUCAAACCGAUCUUUCUCACAUAGACAGUAGCCCAAGAAAUAGUGCCGAGGUCCAGGGACUGGAAACAUUAUCCGUUAUGGCACUUUGAUGAAACAGAAGGUCUGAGUGAUUGUUUAUGUAAUAACCCCUAACAGAAAGCUUAUGUUCCCAGAAACUGUGAGGCAAUGGCUCCAUCUCCUGAGCAGCAGGAGGCUGUAAUCUGGUUAAAGUGAAGGAGCCCCUUUCCCUCUUGUUCUCCAUGGAGUGAAUCCUGGAAAUUGAGGCAGCUUGUCAUGUUCUUCCAUGUUAGAUGCACCUACGUGUGCUCAGACAAUCACGCGAGGCCAUGCGCUGGCCGAGAAGGGGGAAGAAUUGAUUUUUGGGAGUUCACGCUCUGUUUCAGAAGUACACAUUUGUUAAAGAGACAGUGCACCUGAAAAUGAAAAUCCUGUCAUUGUUUGUUAAGAACGACGUUCUAUUAUUCUGAAAAAAUAAUAACAGGUUUCAUCAUUGGGUGAACUGUUCCUUUAAAAUUCUGAAAAAAAACGUCCUUGCCAUAUUAGUGGGCGGCGAAUCUGGGUUUGUGAGAGACAACAGUUCAAUUGUGUGGAAUCAAAGACUGCUUUAUUCUCUUGACACAAUCCGUGCUGCAACAAAGAGACUUGUUCACCCGUGUACAGCCUUCGACCCUAGGAUGACCCCAGCUGUGUUUUGGUUUCCCUCACGCUGGCUGUACCUCACACGGGACAUCAGUCGUGAGUCAUACACCCCUUGACAUCAUCAGUACCAAAACGUGAGACCCGAAGCUGCACUUUCCCAAAACGGCUUUCGUAUUUUUCUCAUCGCUAUUUUUUGCAUGUCGUUCAUGAUCUUAUUUUGUAUAAAACAGCUCUUAACAAUGAACCACUUGAUUUGUAUCUGUAACGUCUGAACUAGUGUGACGUUUGUGUUGUUACGUAGACUUACACAGUGUCUCUCCUCUGUUCAUUUGUGUUGACCGAUGUCUGUGUUUUCUUUUACGUUUCCAUCGAGCCUUACUUCCUGGUGUGCAGGUUUUCACAGUAAUGUCUCCCCCCCCCAAUGUUACAUUUAAGGUGAGCUUUCUCUCCCUACUGUUCAGGCUGAUUUACUGUAUCAGGGGUAUGUUGUAUAUUGUAUGAUACACACCUUUUGAUCUCAUAUGUAAAUUUGCAUUAAUUGCUGACUAACAGCAAAUAUUCUAUUUAAUUGCUUAUAUAAUGGCUGUGAGAUCAUAAAUGUUUAACUGCAUGGAUGUGUCUCUGCAGAAUGAACUAGCAGCUGUGUGAUUUUUACAAAAAAUAAAAACGGCACAAUAUUUUAAUAA